AAGUAGUCAAGAGUAAAUAGUGAAAAUGAGUUACUGUCAUGUUUUUAGCUCAUAUAUAGUGUAACUUUAGAAUGAAUUCUUGUGUUAAUAUAGCAUCCAUUCUUUUUUUUUUUUUAAUGUUUUCAAUUUUUUUAGGCAAAUCUGUGGAGGAAGUGUAUGUAGUUGCUAAAUACGACUAUGAAGCUCAAGGAAGUCAAGAGCUUGACAUCAAGAAAAAUGAACGUUUGAUACUCUUAGAUGACAGCAAACAUUGGUGGAAAGUUCAGAACUCUAGAAAUCAGGCUGGAUUUGUUCCUUCUAACUAUGUGAAACGUGAAAAACCAUCAAUUUUUGACAGUAUUCGUAAACGUGUUCGCAAAAAGAGUGAACCAAAGGUUUCUUCUCCUUCCUCUCGUGUAGCAUCUAAGGAAACUGAUUUGAAAGGUGUUUCUCCACGGGUCACUACACCAGCUAAUAAAAUUUGUUUGAAUACAACAGCUGUAGUUAAAUAUAAUUAUGAAGCUCAACAAGCUGAUGAAAUAUCUCUUAUGAAAGGAACAAGAGUGGUUGUGAUGGAAAAGUCUAGUGAUGGUUGGUGGAAAGGUGAAAGUAACAACCAAAUUGGAUGGUUUCCAUCUAACUAUGUUCAAGAAGAACCAAAGGAUGUUCCAGAGAUAAGUUGUAACUUACCUGCUGAUGAAGAACCGGUCACAGUGACAUAUCAGAAUGUUCUUCAAGGCAAUGAUGUUGUGGUUGCUCUUUAUACAUUUAAUUCUCAAAGUGAUGAAGAACUCAGCUUCCAAAAAGGUGAACAGUUAGAAGUUGUUGAACGUCCAUCAAAUGAUCCUGAUUGGUGGAGGGCCCGUAACAACAUUGGACAGAUUGGUCUUGUACCAAAAAAUUACCUUCAAAUAGUUUCCCCUGGUCGAUCUGUAACUGAUUCUAGUGAUUCUGAUGCUGUCCCAUCAAAAAUGGAUGAUGGUUCCAACAUUGGUGUAGCAGUCAAUGGAUCACAACAUGAACAUACAAAAUCACCUUUAGGAGCAAGUGGUGGGUCACCUUUAGUGAAACAAAGGAAUAAAGGUGGUUGUGAUAGACCUUGGUAUGUAGGAAGUAUUACACGGAGUGAAUGUGACAGGAUGCUCAAUGAGUUUGCUGAAGAUGGUGAUUUUGUAAUCAGAGAUAGUGAGACAAAUGCUGGUGAUUUUUCAGUCUCACUAAAGGCUCCUACUAGAAAUAAGCAUUUCAGAGUCCACAUGGAAGAUGGUGUUUAUUGUAUUGGGCAGCGAAGAUUUAACUCAUUAGAUGAACUUGUAGAGCAUUACAAAAGAGCUCCUAUUUAUACUGGUCCAGAUGGUGAAAAAUUAUACCUUAUCAAGUCAUUUAGAAAACAGCAGCUCUGAAAAAAGUAUUAUCUCUAUGAUGAGAAUCACUUUUUCAAUAAUUUUCGUGAUGUUUGAAAAAUAUUUUUUUGAACUUGUUUGCAUGUGUUUCAUGAAUCAUAAAACUGAAUAUAAUGAUGUGCUCUUACUUUUGAUGUCAUCUGGUUUUUAAUGCUGAUUUUUACUUUAGCUUGAUUUUUAACAAGCUCUUUUUUUUUUUUUUUCUAAUUUUACAAUUAAAACUUUAUGCAUAUUUCAACUUAAAACAAAUGCAUUUAAUAUGCUUAACAUUUCUGCUGGUAAAAACUAAAAAUAAGUUGAAAAUUUUUUUCCUUGCAAAGCUCUUAAUUUUGGCCAAGAAUAUCUGAUUUUUUUUUUUUUUUUCCCAACAUGAAUUUUAAACUGGGGUGUUUAAGCAAACUUUAUUUUAUAUUUGUCCCGGUACCCUGAUAAAUGUAUUUAUGAUUCAUUAUCAUUUCUUGUGAGGCAUUCUAUUUCUAAAUAUAAUUUUUACAUUAUAUUUAUAUGUGCCAAGUGAUAUAUUUCUAUAAAUUAUUAUUUUGUUUGUUUACUGAAAAUUAUUCUUUAUGUAAAGGCAGCUUUUUUUUUUUUUUUUUGUUAAAAUAAUCAUAUUACUUUUUCAAAAGUUUAAAGUGUAGUUGAGAAAAAAAAAAAAUCCCAUAUUAUGGAUGCUUUGAUGUUUUUAUAUGUUUUUAAUGUGUAAAAUUUUAGAUUGAGUGUGUGCAAGUAACUGAAUUUGCUAUAUUUUGUAAGAUCUCUUCUUUAAUUUUUUAAUGUGAAAGAAAAAGAAAAAUAUGCCUGAUAAGUAUUUUUUAUGUUAAAAAUAUUUUAUAUUUAUUUUAUUAAUUAAUAUGAUAAGCUGCUAAAACUUUGAUAAAUGUUAAAAACAGAAAAUCCUGUUUAAUCGAGUAAUGUCUAUCAUAAAAGCAAAUAUUAUUUAAUGUUUUAUUGGACAUGUGUCUUGAAUUUUUUGCUAAUUAAUUUACAGGGCAUGAGAUUAGUCAUUAAUGUUUAAUGUUCUGCUUAAAUGUUGCAUUUUUUUAUCUUUUAAGGUUAAGUGAUGAAUGGUUAAGAGAAGUUUAAAUAUGUGUAUAUAUACCCAGUGGCAGAAACGCCGUUGCGGACAAGGAAACCCUAUCUCUGUCCGAGCUAAAAAAAUAAAAGUUGUUCGCAAAAAAAUAUCAGUUGUCAGCACUGAAAAAAAAAAAAAAGCCCGUCCACAACUGUAGGACAUAAUGAACUGCUGACGCAGGGAGAGAAUGAUUGCACAAGUGAUUGUUCUUGUUCUUCUGCCAACUUGUCUGUGGCACUUAUAAACCAAAACAAAACGCACUUAUAAACCAAAACAAAACGAUCUUUUUUAAAUUGUUUACUGAAAAAGCAAAUCUAUAAUCAAAAUAAGGCAUAUUUCUGUGUACAAAAAAAAAAAAAGUCAGCACAUUUCUGUGAUACAAGCUAUAAAUAACUAACAUAGUAAAUAAUUUUGCUUGCUUGUUCAUUUGUUUAAUCAUAUCGUUAGCAGUGGUGUUGUUAUAAAGUUCUCUAAGAUGCUGCAUAAAAAUGUUUUCUUCCCACUAAUGACUUAAAAAAUAAUAAUUAAAAAAAGCAUUUAUUAGAGCGAUCGAUCAUUGAAAUGUGAUCCAUUGAAAUGUGAUCGAUCUGAUCUGGCUGAAAUGAAAUGAUCGCUUCAAAUAGGGUUACCAGCUCUUAAAAUUAUCGCCAUUUAGUGUCUGGUGUUAAACCUUUACUCAUCCUUUUUUUUUCACGACUCCAAAUUUUCGGUUAACAUGCCAGUGAUAUUAAUAAAAUUCAAUAUUCAUACCUGUUAAAUGGUAAUUCUAAAAUUAUUUUACUUUAAUAAACUUUUUUAUUUACCGUUUUUAUACUUUUGGAGCUUUCAUUUUGAAAAAUGCAAUGUGAUUGCAUGCAAUAUAAGAAUUGAAAUUUUACUCUUUUUUUCCAACAUAACUUUGCUUUAUAUGGAGGCAAAUAAAUGAAAAGUCUAUUAAAACCAUCAUUUCAAGAUUUUAAAAUGAAAUUCUGUUUUUGUUUAUGAGUCAAAAACUUAAAUGCUGAAUAGAUGGUUUAAUUUUAGUUUUGCUUCAACUGUGUCUAUGGAUAUUAAUUGUCGGUUUAUCAUGGGCUUCUAAAGUGCAAUUCUAAAAAAUUUUUUAAAAAAUUAAUUCUUUUAUGAGCCGUUUUUAUACUUUUGGAGCCUUCACUUUGAGAAUUGCGAUCUCUUUGCAUCCGCUUUGAAAACCGAAUUUUUGAUGUUUAGUACGUUUUGUUAAGAGGGGGUGGGGUAAACAAAUAAAUUCUCCUUUUAUUUUUAUUGAAAUCAUGAAAUUUAGAAGUUUAAAACGAAAUUCUGAGAGUUUUACGAGUUUCAAAAGUUAAAUGCUCAACCACAGCUUGAAUUUUAUUUUUUUGUUUUAAUUAUUCAACAGAAAUUAAUAUUAUUAAUGGGAAAAAAGAAAAAAUAUCACAAAAAUGCCCACUUUGAAAUUUUGUUUUACAAUCCCCCCCCCCCCUCCACGCAAAAUUAUUUGACUUUUUACAAAAUGAAUUGAUUUUUCACAAAUAAAAUGGACCCUGUAAAAAAUCCUGGACAGACCCCUGUUCAAUAGCCAAUGCAUUUUUGCAAAUGUCAGGUGCCCAUCAAGGAGUGGAAGGUCAUCAGAUUGCACCAUUGAGAUUUUUAGGUGAAGGUAAUUUGAGAAAGAUUUUGGUCUCAGUUUGGGGGGGGGGGGGAGGGGCUCGUUCUUGAGAGGGGAAUGCUUCAAGGAAUUUAGGGAAGUGCACCAUCGUCUUUGGAAGCAGGGGGGAUCUCCUGCCUUAUUUCAAAAAUAAUUAUUUAAAAAAAAAAACUUGUAUUAUUUUUUUUUAUUGAAACCACUCCCGAAAUUUUGCAGACCGAUUAUGAAGUUCUAAAAGCUUGUCGUAGACAGGUGCAAAACUUUCUGCCACUGGGUAUAUAUACACACACAGAGAUGGCUCUCUGUUUAAUGACGGCUUUUCACGGCGCCAGAUGGUCCACUUUAGUUUCAAAAGCAUUCUAUUUAAGGAUGAUUUCUACUUAAGGACGAUUUUUUGUGGUCCCUUGAAAGUCGUCAAACAGAAAGCCAACUGUAUAUAAAAACACAACUAUUCAGUCACCAUGCAUUUUGUUUUCAGUUUUAAGGAAUUUUUCUUCCUCUUAUUUUUAUUUGUUUUCCCCCUUGUGAGUAAACUAUUAGGAUAUUAAUGUUCUUAUACAAAUAUCAGUGUUUGCUCAUUUGUAAUACUGCAUGCAGGAAAAGCACAGGAGAAUUUCCCACAGAAUUAAGUGGCAACCUUGCAUUAGUGCAAGGAAACAAAGUGCUUUCCUUGCAAAGAAAAGCACUUUGUCCUAAAUCAUUAGGGGGGAGGGGAGUUUAAAAUCUAAUUGUUCCUAUCGAUUUUAAUUAAGGAAGUUACAAUGUUUUUCAGAAUUUUGCUUUGCUUUUAUGAGAUUUCUCCUCCACCAAUGUUCUUCUGGUAUCCCCCAAAAGAGUAACUAAUUACAAAAAAAGUUAUUAUUGCUCUGUAAUUUGAGUAUUUCGAAUAGAUUUGCUUUUUUUUUGUGCAAAACAUGUUUCAAUGUCAAAAUUAUUAACAGCAAUGUAUUGGAUACUUAAAACAGCUUGUUAAAGAUUAUAGAGGUUGGCAGGUAAGAACUUUUUAAAUAAAGUAUGUUUCAUUUGUUCAGUUUUAUUUUGAAACAUGUUCAAAUGGUAUAAAUCAUUCCUGGAAAUAUUUUCAGUUGAAAAGGGGGGGGGGAGAGAUAUAAUAUACAUUCACUUUUCACUUUUUCAUAUUAAAUAGAAAAUUAUCAUUUUCAGAAUUUUUCUCAUGCAGUCUUAAAUUUCAUUUCAAAUAGCCAUUUAUUUUUCCCUGGAAUCAACAUUAAUAUAUUUUUCUGUAUUAACUUUGA